AUGGUCAGGAGGCAUGAGCAUGGUAUUAAUGCUUGUGAAGCCAAAGAAAUUUGCCUGCAGUGGCAGAUGGUAGAUUUUGUUACUGGUGCACGUUGGCUCGGGUCCGGUCGAACGUGGUCGAACCUAUUUCUUCGAAUCGCCGUGGCGCUAUCCCCCCACCGCGUUUCGCGAACACCCGGCCACGUGUCGACAGGCACCGAGCAGUCGUCGGGGCGGGAGCGCCGCCCGCUUCCGCUCACCCCUAAUAAACAGCCAGCCGCCCGGCGGCCGAGCUUCUCCUUCCCCGACGGUACGCGAACCAUUGCCUUCCCUUCUCGCCAGACGCCGCGGCUGUUCGAGGUUAGGUGUGACAUGAAAAAUUUGAUUGGUGAGGCCUCAUGCAGGAUUUGUCAAGAAAGUUUCAGCACUACUAUCACUGCACUGACCGAGCCAAUUGACAUAUACAGUGAAUGGAUGGAUGAAUGUGAACGUGUGAACAACCUUGAAGAUGAUGCUGCCUAAGCAUCUAGUCUGGAUGGGUUACUGAAGUAGGGAAGUCGAUGUAAAGUUUAUCUUAUAAGUGAUACUGAAGUGGAAACAGAGAGUUAAUUUAGGGGGGAGAGGAAGUCAAGGGCAAAGCCGCCUCCUAUGAAGCGAAUGGAGAAAGUUGAUACAGUGAAUGGAUGGAUGAAUGUGAACGUGUGAACAACCUUGAAGAUGUUGCCGCCUAAGCAUCUAGUCUGGAUGGGUUUCUGAAGUAGGGAUGUCGAUGUAAAGUUUAUGUUAUAAGGUAUGCUCGACCAUAGCAUCAAAUAUUCAUGCAAUUAUUUUAAUCAGAACUUUGCAAGAGAUGCUGUGUCUAUUGCGACCCUCGAAAUUAUGAUAAGAGUAAGGAUAUUGCGGUGCCUGAAAUUUCCUCUGGUGCUUGUUUAAUGAUACAAUGCAAGGACGGGAGGCAAGUGACUCCUAGUGA